AUGGCCACGACCGAGAGCGACGAACGAGUGAGGGCGAGGCCAGCGCCAGGUCCUUACACCGCUGCCAAAAGCGCAACAAGUUGUGUCACAAGUCCUACUGUAUUGUCCAUCCUCUAUACGCAUGUGAAGGAGCCGCACCGCUGGUCCCAAUUCCGCGCCAACCCCACCCGUCCGUCACUGCGACCGCCAAUUUUCUCUCCCCUCCGCCCGGGUUGCCGCUCAAGUCAAGUUAUGAACAGCUCCACUGCACAGUCGUGGAACGCUGCUGAGCAGUUCGCCAUGGACCAAAACCCCCAGGACUUCGCCGGCGCAGAAUUCAUCGACUUUGACAAUCUGGAUCUGCAUUUCAACAUUGAUGGCUACAACCAUGAGGCUCAGGCUUCGAAUGGGAACCAGCUCGCCGAUCUGUCCGACUCGCUCAACGUCCACCAUCUCCAAGCCCAGUUUCCCCCGCAACUACCCCAGGACCACCGCGAUGGCGCCAAUCGUGGUCACCAGGUCCAAAAUUUAGCAAAUCAUGGCAUGUCGCAGUCCACGAAUAGUUUCUUCGACUAUGGCAUGUCCCAGUACAGCCAGGCAGGGACACCGACAUUUAGCCAGCCCCAAGACCAAAUAUAUCGCCCACACCAUGGUGUUCCACCAACGCCUAACAGCAUAGAGAUGCAUGGCGACCCCACCCGCUAUCUUCAGCAGUUGGACUCCCACCAUGCCCUCUUCGACCAGAGAUAUCACAUGCCCAAGGACGACGCGACAUUUACCCCCCUUGUCUCCCCCGCUGUUACACCCCAUGAUGCGCGCUUCCAGAUCCCAGACUUUACCGUGCCGGGAGCCUACUUCAGCCCUCUGACGUCGCCCGCGCUGAACGCCCAGAGCCACCAGCAUGCUCACCAGCAAUCGCAUAACACAACGUCGGGGAGCUCGACGGGACAUUCACCAAUUGAUGUGGAUAUGGACAUGCUGGGUGAGCCUGCCAUCGUAUCACAGGAACAGGUGAGGAGAAGUUCGCGGAGCACAAACAAAAGAACUCUGCCGCGGGCCAACGGGACCGGCCGCGUACGACAGUCUCCCAUUGUGAAACCAAACAGGCGGAAAACAGCCAUCUCUACACUGAUCCCGUCAAAGGAAGUCAGCGAGCUCAUGAAAGAGGUGCACUCGACACGACCAUCGUCCAAUGGCUUGGAUGUGCAUAUGACACGUGAAAGCUCAGAGACCGACUCUAUAUCUCCUGAGCCCAUGCUGUCUGAGAUGCGCCCACCACCUAAGCCUGGCUCUUCGACAGCUUCUCCUGCCAUAAUUGCCCAGCGCAACAGCCAUAACAGCACCCCGGCCACUCCAGCCUCUUUGAUGCGCAUACAACCCUCGCCCGAAUUCAAUGGCCACCAACAAGCACCGCCAAUGCUAGAAGAUCUCACUCUGCCCGAAGCGUCCUUAGACCGACCGGAUUUGUCGAGAAUAGACACUGCUAUCCGGGACGAGGAUCACGAUACGCCUCGCAUGUCCGCGCGGAAAACACCGAAGCUGAACCCUUUGAGCACACCUGGUGGAUCCAUUUCAGGCCGCCCCAGCCCAAUGAUGGACGCCAUGUCCACACCGACAAGCCCGGCAUUUGCUAUGACCAACGGUAAGAAAAAUGCCAAAUCGGCACGCAACCCGAAGAAGAGAAACAGUGUGAGCACGAGUCUUGUCAGCCCUGCUUUGAGACCCAAGAUCUCGCCGAGUAUAAAGCCUCUACUACCUGACGGAGGAAGUGGUGGCGCAGACAGUACACACGCACUUUUGCUGGCAUCCAAGUCAAAUUACCAGAAUAUCCUCGAUGGCACCACAGUCCCCGGCGUUGUCUACCCUACGUCCCUCUCUACCAAUCUUACUUCAAAACGAACCUCGCACAAAAUCGCCGAACAAGGACGCCGGAACCGUAUCAAUAUGGCCCUCCAGGAAAUGCAAGCUCUCUUACCCUCACCACAAUUCGGCGCCACACCCGAUGCCAAGAGCCCGGAAUCGAACGCGCAAAACUCGAACAAUUCCAAAGCAGCCAAAGUGGAGAGCGCCAUUGAAUACAUCAAGCAGUUGAAGCAAGAAGUUUCUGAAAGAGACAAUCUACUAACCCAGAAGGAUCAAGAGAUGGAUGCACUGAGGAAGGAGCUGGCUGCGCUGAAGAGAAGUAGCUCUGAAGGUUCGGUAUCUGAAGUUGAAGCAGCGUCACAGCCCAAAGCUGAACCCUAUUCGAGCCCAAACACCGAAAACGAGACUUGAAGACUGAUGGAACGGACGAGUUUUUAAUCAUCAACGCUUUAUUUCCCGACGGAGACGUACAACCAGCAGUGUUUCUACGCGACCCUGCCGCAUACCUUCCGAGCGACAUCGACAUGUCGAUUCAGCUCUGACCGCACCUCACUACGGAAACUCUUGGGUCCACAGACAGUCUUGGAGGAUGCGAAACUCACACACACAGUGUAUCUGUGAUGCCGCUGUUGAAAACAGUGUGCUUGCUAUAUUGGACUCCAAGCCCAAAAUAAAAUUGGCCAAUACGUUAUGUAAUCAAGAUGUAAUAGAAGGAGUGGGGAAACGGGCCCAGGUAGAGAAAAAGGGACGUACAAUGGGAAAGUCCUGUUUUUCUGCAUCUGGUUUGGGCAUUGUCGACUAUGAGGGUCGGGCAUGAAUGACAUGACACGAGGUUGGCCCAUGAUAGUAAUGCAUGGAAGGUUUCCAAACAUCAUGUUUGUUUUGGGAUACAUGUACCUGCUAGCUACAAAGGAAAUACUUCAGAAGACGUUUGGUCAAACGCCUGUUUUGUUAUUUGGUUAAUGUUAUGGUACCUUCAAUGUAUAGGCCUCGUGGCCAUGUACAAAUAG